AUGAACGAGCUGCGCAGUCACGCGUUGGGCGGGCCCUACGUGGAGGAGCUGGCCGUGGUCUUUUGGACUAGCGCAAAGGAUUCAGCCGGCGUAAGCUUUUUCCGGUUGGUCAACCGUGCGCUUCGCGCCGAUGCUGCGGGCGACAUGUUGAACUGUACAGUGAGAUUUGCCCGCACCUUGAAGGCGCACUUGGUUCAUCGGGGCGACGAGGCCAGAGCUAGUGCCAUUCAAUGGCCCACUGCCCCCGCAUCACCAGCCCCUGCCGCUUUUCCGCGGCAGCUGGCUCCCUCGAAACCAGGUCCAAUGGUAUGCUCAGCAGGCAAACCAGGCCUCCUACAGGGCACAGCAACUGCUCGCCUUCAGCGAUCAGCGGGCCACGGCGGAGGAUUUUCUGAACCUAGGGCAGGUCCCAGUUCUGUUCCUUCUCGACGUGGCCGAACAGCCGCUCCACGUAGCUUUUCGAGCAGCACACGGCUGUCCGGGGGCGAGCGGGAGUGGCUCUUCCCGGCCUACUCUGGCUUCGAAGUCACCAGUGCCUUCAACCCAGAGGCCGCCGCCACCGUCAGCGCGCCUUUGGAGAUCCACAUUAAGGCAUCGAAGGACAACAAGUAG